AUGGCGGGAGAGGAAAGACUGAAGACGCUGGGGGAUGAUUCCGCGCCUGGUGCCUAUUCGGCGCCUGCGCGCUCGGCACUGGACUUCGCCGAGGAGGAGCCGGGCGCGGCGGCCGGGCCGGGCCCGCUCAGCGGCCGCCUCACGCGGGUCAGCACCUGGCACGGCGCCGACCCCAACGACACCGGCGAGCACGUGACCAGCGUCAAGUGCCACCGCAGUGCCAAGGAGUAUUACACGGUGAUCCAGAAUGUGAAGAAAGCCUACCAGAUCCAGGAGUUCGGCGAGUUCCAGGAGUACAACGACGACAUCGAAUACAUCAUGGACGCCCUGCAGCCUACCAACAGCGUGUCCACGAGGUGUCUGUCGGCCACCCGCCUGGCCGGCAAGUGUAUGGCGGCGGCGUUCCGGAUGCACCUGCGCGCGCACGGCACGGUGACGCGCUUCUUCGCGGCGCUGGCCGACGCGCCGUCCGACCCCAGCCUCUCGCUCUGCACGUCGGCCGUCAUGUUCAUCCUCAGCGAGGACCAGCUCAACAUGGAUCUGGACAAGAGCAGCCUGGAGCUGAUGCUGAGCCUGCUCGACUCGGACGCCACCGCGCCGUCGCCCGAGUCGGCCGAGUCCAACGGCGAGCUGUGCAAGAACCGCGCCAAGGUGCGGGAGCUGUGCGCCCAGCUGCAACGGCAGGGCCAGGCCAAGCAGCUGAACCUGGACACCAUCACGGCCGGCCACCUCUCCAUGGAAACGCUGCUCAGCCUCACCUCUCAGCGCGCCGGCGCCUGGUUCAAGGAGGAGCUGCGCGCUCUGGGCGGCGUGGAUCGGCUGAUGGGCACCGUCUCGGACAGCCUGCGCUGUCUGCGCCAGACGGACGAGCUGCGCAGACAGCGCGACACCAUCGCGCGCGUCAGCAGGUGUCUGCGCGUCGUUGAGAACGUGACGAGUCGUAACGAGGAGAACCAGCGGCACGUGCUGCAGUGCGGCGGCGGCGCCGGCCUGGCCACGCUCAGCGAGCUGUUCCAGCUGGCCGAGCGCGAGCUGGCCGACUGCACGCCGGCAGACUGCGAGGAGGCGGACGGCGCCGCGCGCGUGCUGCUCGAGAUGACGGACACCCUGAUGAAGGUGCUGGUCAACCUGUCGGCGGCGUCGGCGCCGGGCCUGUUCGCCGCCAUCCUGCACGCGGUGCUGCGGCUGCCGGACCGGCUGCCCGAGCACCGCCAGUUCGACCUGCUGCUGCUCUCCAUGUACCUGCUGAUGAACGUGACCGAGAGCAGCGCCGAGAACCGGCGCCGCCUGGUGGCCGCCGCCGCGCCGCCGCGACCGGGGCGGAUCAUCGAAGUGUCGACCGGCUCGGCCGUCUCGGAGCUGCUGCAGAUGUUCUACCGGCUGGUGGCGCUGGCCUCGGAGGUGGAGACCCACACGGACCGCAUUCUGGACGGCUCGGUGCCGGCAGCGCCGGCGCCGGGCGCGCACGCAGACAGCGGCCCGCAGCCGGACGCCGGCGAGGUCACCGCCACGGCGCUGAUCCAGAAGGCCGGCCACCACAUGGAGAAGACGGUGAUCGCUGCCUACAUCGGCGUCCUGGUCGGCCAUCUCGCCAUGGAUAACAUGGAGUUCGAGUCGCUGGUGCGGGCGCAGCUCAAGGACGGUCGCUUCACCGACGUGGUGGAGGUGCUUCACAAGCUGCUCAGUUUCAUGGACCUCACAAACACGGGCCGGCCGGAGACGCUGCAUGAGAUGCGCAUCAUGCGACGCAUCAUCGACUUCAUGACGCGCGCCGACAACCCCGCCGGCGGCCCGGCCGGCACCGGCGCCGGUGGCGCCCUCUCCAGCGACCUGGCCGGCGUGCUGGACAUGUCUCUCUAGCGGCCGGCGGCGCGGCGCCGCGCGCCAUCCAGCGCGGGUCGCUGACGAGCCCGAGAGCUCUGCCAAGUUGUGUGGGAGUUGCUGUCCGGUGUGGGGUGCUGUGUGACGACGCGCCGCUGUCGUGUGAACGUGUCGGUGUGCUGGUGUGAACGGACGGGACUCCCCAGGCCGGCGGCCCGUCCGGCCCUGCGCGCGCCCCCCGCGG